GUAGACUUUAAGAAACUUGUAAAAAAUCAUGUAAAAAACUAAGAAGAAAAACCACAAAAACUUUGUUAGAGCUCUUUACAAUCGUUAUCUGGUCACAGCGAUGGCUGACAAAUAUAUUUUAUACAAUGAGGAAGACUUUUCAUCUGUAAUUCAGGAACCUAUAUCCAAGUCGUCGCGAAUCAAGUACACUUGUUGUGAUGCAUCGCCGAAAUAUUUGGUAUUUGCCGCUACCUCUGGCAGUCUCUACAUCUUCAACCGCGAUCCGUGUACCUUCACGAAAAUCCUCCCGAGCAAAUUGGGUGUCAUCAGUCAACUGAAAAUAUCGCCGGAAGAGCGUCUCAUUGCAUUCAGCAACGUCAAAGGACAAAUUGGGAUUGUGGAUUUGCAGGCGGCGGAUCCGCAAGUCAUCACGACGCAACUUGAUCGGAGUUAUGUGACGUGUUUCUAUUGGGAAAGUGACGAAAAGUUAUUUGUGGGCGAUCAAAAGGGGAAUGUUUCGGUUGUUAAUCUCGGUUAUUUCAUGGGCAGGAAUAUCUUGAACGUGACUUUGCGUUCGAUUUUGUUGCUCGAUAGCCCAAUUGUGCAAAUUGAGGGCGAAAAUGAGUUGCUUCUCAUCUCGACUUUUUCGAAAUGUGUCCUUUGCAACACGGAGGUCGAGGAAUUUAAGCAAAUUGGGAAUCGCCCACGUGACGGCGAGUACGGGGGAUGCUUUUACGUGACGCGUGAUGACUUUGGUACGCAAACUCGCAUUUAUUGUGCACGUCCCGGAUGCCGUUUGUGGGAAGUAGAUCUCGAUGGCAACGUCAAACAUACUCACCAAUUUAAAAGUGCACUUUCUGUACCGCCUGCAAAACCGUAUCCGGCACUCGAAUCGACACUGGUAGCGACAACAGAUGCAUCAAAUAUCGCAACACCCACACAAAAGACUGAAACCAAGUCAAGUAACGGCAAAAAAACCAAUCAACAAGACAAUAAUCAUCACAAAUUUCAUCUUUUGCCGCUGAAACACACCGAUGUCGUCGACGUGGUUGACGAAUCGCAGCAAUCAACGACAGAUGUCAGCCCGUCAAACACCUUUCACUUUGCAAAACUCAUCAAUUUCACGGAAAAAUUCGUACUUACCUACUCGGAUUCCAAGUUUUUCAUCCUCGAUCCAACGUGUCGUGUCAUCCUGUGGACAAAUCACUUCAACAACAUCCAAUCUGUGCACGUGAUCGGACAAAAAAUCAUCAUUUUCACGUCGUCUGCCAACAUUUUCGCCGUAGAUUUCUGCACGUUGCAAGAUUACGUGCUGAAGGAAUUUCACUAUGGACUUUUUAUACGAGCGGCGAACAGUAUUAACACUCACAUGACGUAUUUCAUAGAAACUGUGAAGAAAAGUCAUGAAUUGCAUCAGCUUUAUAAACUCAAACAAAUACUCGAGGAGUUGGAUGAGGUUCAGUUGGCGAGAGAUUUGCAGAAAUUUUUUGACGAAAUAUUCGCGCGAAAUAAUGAAAUUGUGCAAAGGUCGAUGCGGAUCAACAAUGGGGGCAUUUAUAUACUCGAUAAUCAAUUCAUGGCGAGCGGAAAGGGAAAGCGUUUCAGUAUUAGCAGCGAAAAAACGCAAACGACGACGGAAAGUGCGACAACGGGAAUGAACAUAAAAGAUGCGCUUGUGUCAGCUUACGAUGUUUAUGGGAAGAAUUUGAAACAUAUGAUCAAGGGAUUUAAGGCGCUUAAUGUGGAAACAAGUACUUUGAAUGGAAAGGAGACGAUAAAGACGGAAAUUGGCAAAACCGAUCGAAAAUCCUUCGACAACGGAACAAAUCAAACAAACCAAAACGCCACAAAUAGCGAUUCGGACCCAAUCAUCGAGCCUCCCGUCAUCACAAAACGCUCAACUCACACACAACUCGAAUUUUCGGUGACGGAAGAGGAGAACAUCGUUCGCAGCUUGUACCUGAUCUACAAGUCAUCGAAAAUCAGCAACUUAAAUUUCCUCGAUCGCUAUUCCAUGUUGUUCGAUCGCUACGACACGCGUCACAUAAUCGUGCUGCUGGAAAAACUCAAACAAGUCAUUAUGGAAAACGAUGACGAAGACGAGCCCGAAGCCACACGCGAUGUCAUCAAAAUGUAUUUCGACUACCUGAAUCCCGAAAUUAUCUACGAACUCGAUGACGAGUGUCGCAUUUUCAUCAAAAACAGUUUCAUGACUGUCAAUGCCGUGUCCGACGAUAAAAAUCUCAUUGUUCGAUGUGAAAAGUGUGAAUUUCCGCUCAAAAGUGCCCGUGGCACGCAAAGUGUUUGUCGUUACCCGAAAAUCGGUGUCACCCUUUUGAAGUAUUAUUGGUCGCGGAAGGAGCAAGAAACGUGUUUUGCUAUUGCGAAAUGCGUUCCCGAGAUGCUGGAUCAAAUUUGUAAAUUUUACAUACAGGAAAAACGGAUGGACAAAGUCGUGCAGUUUGUCGUGAACUUGGCAAGUCAGGAGUUGUUGCUCAAAGCUGCCGAUGCGUACGAUCUCGAGGCGUGGCGCAGCACUUUUGAAAUUUUUAGCCGGCUACUACAGGACCAAACACUCAAUUGUCUCAACUGUGAUCACAAAUGUCGCGUGCAAAAGUCUCUUUACGACACGCAAUUAUUUUACACGUUCAAUCAUAUCUUUGCCACCGCCAGCAACUACAUGGAUGGCAGAGUAAUCUUAGAGUUGUUACUCAGUUACAGCGAUAGGAUCCCGCACGGGGCAUUAUCGAAGGAAAUUUACUUGAAUUGUCUCUUGAAUUCCUAAAUUUCCCCUUUUUUCGCGGAUCAAAAAAUAAAAAAAGACUAAAAUAUCACAAAAAUAAUCAGUCAUUAUGAUUAAAUAAGGAAAAAUAUUUGUUUUAAGUGUACCCUUUAAAUUAAAUUAAUCGUAAAAAAAAAUAUUUAUUAAAAAAAACUAGCAGAGAAAUCGCUUUAGAAGCAAGGCAGUGUCAUAUGAAAAAGUAAGAAAAGCUAGAAAAAUGUUUGAGUCGCUUUGCUUAGUUGGAAUUUGAAUGAGUUUUAGUUGCAUUUAUUAGCUAAAAUUAUCCUUUUAAGCCUGAUUUUAAAAAAAAGAGCAAUAUGAGCAUUCAUUGUUUAAGAAAGAGAAAAAUUGUUGUAGCAAAAAUAAUAUAUUGUAACAGAGAAAUAGCAAAAGAUAAAAUAAAAUAAAAAU